GAAGCGGCCUCACGAACCUCUCCAGCCUCGGGCCCCGCCCCCGGCUCGGGCUCCGGGGAAAGGAUGCAGCUGCCGCCGGGCCUGCAGGGCCGCCUGGGCCCAGGUCCGGCCAGGGGCCCCCCCGAGGCGCCCCCGUUGCCGGUGCUCCGCCACCCGGCCGUCGGGACCGCCCCCUUCCGCUUCGCUCCGCGGGCCCAGAACCUGCCUCGGGGCCAUCCGUUGUUCGAGGAUGGAGACGUCCAGAGGCACGCCUACCUUCAUGACGUCAUCACGCAGGUCUCGCAGCCGCCGGAGCGCCCCCGCGUGGCCACCUUCGGGUGCCAUGUGGCCGGCUGCCAGCAGGAGUUCGGCAGCCUGGAGGCCUACGAGCACCACUACCGCACGCUGCACACGCACGUGUGCUCCGUGUGCCGGCGCUCGUUCCCCUCGGCGCGCCUGCUGGACGUGCACGUCCUCGAGUGGCACGACUCGCUCUUCCAGCUGCUGGCCGAGCGGCAGAGCAUGCACCAGUGCCUGGUGGAGGGCUGCUCCGACACGUUCCGCAGCAGCCGCGAGCGCAGGGAGCACCUGGUGCGGGCCCACCGCUACCCGCCCGACUUCCGCUUCGACCAGCCCCGGAGGCCGCGGGGGCCCAGCCGGCCGAUCGCUGCCGGGGAGGAGGCCAUGGAGGUGUGCCCUGCUGAGCCCGCCUCGGGCCCGAACAAGCGACCCCACGGCCGCCGGAUCCCGGCCACCAUCUGCUUCGGCCAAGGGGCCGCUCGAGGAUUUAAGAACGCCAAGAAGAGAAGUGACCGCUGACACCUCCCCCCCCAGGGGCCGAUGAAGAGCAAGGGGAGGGAAGGGGCCCCCCUCGGUGCUGGCGGGCGCCUCUUCCCUGUCCCCCACCCGAGGGGACCGGAGGAGGAGGCCCAGACAUCCGCGAGGGGCCUGGACUGGGGCGCCGUGCCUGCUGCGGUUCCUUUUGAGCCCCCACCUCCCCUUGAGCCUGAAAUAAAGUCUGAAGAGAAGCCCCUUGGAGCUUGCUCCUGACUCCGCGCAGUCGCGGGAUCCCCAGAAAAGCACGCUGGCGGCGGUAGGUCAUUUUAUUUCACUGUUAUCAAGCAGAAACAAGUUUCCCCAAAGGCAGGAGGGACAGGACAGACGAGAUGAAAGCCUACAAUCUGGGCGUGUGGCAUUGCGGGCCCGGGCACCGCCGUUGGCUGAGAUUUGUGCAGGCUGAGCAAGGGUGCCCGCGGACAGACGCAGCCACUCACCUGUGCCCCACUUCCCUCUCCGCCCCCCACUUGCUCCUUGGGCUGGGUGAGGCCAUGCAGGAGAGGCUCGGUGAUGGGGCCCUCUGCACCACCUAAGAAUGGCCACUUCAGUGAUAGAAAGCACAAGACCACCUAGCAGGGGGAGGGGUCCUUCGGUGGCUCCAUGACCCUCUCGCCCCCAGCAGCAGGGCUAUCCAAGCUGCUCAGCCGCCCCUCAGGCCCAGGCUGGUCCCCCCCACAGAGCAGGGGUUCUAGUGGGGCUGUACAGAUCCCGUUGCCCAGGCGGGCAGGCAGCACCGAGCUGGGAUGCCUGCUUGGAGCCUCCUCUCACGCAUGUCUGGGGUUCCAAGUCCUGGUUUCCUGAGGAGGGAGGCCCUGGGCACACAGGGCACCAUGACUGUGCUUGCAAGAUCUACGCCACCUGGCUGGUUCUCAGGUCCCCCUGCAUUUCCUGAAAUGGUCAUCCUUUGUCAAGGGAGGAAGAAUGGAGGGAAGGAGGGAGGCCCUCAGCCUUGGGGCCACUCUCAGGCUAGGCCCUCUCCUGUCCCUCUUUCCUUCCCUCCUCCUAGUUGCCCCAAGUGUCUGGUGGAACUUGGGGAAAGGCCACAUACACUCAGGUUGGGGGACUGCAGUAGCAGGUGGUACUGAGAGGUGAGCCACAUGCGAUGGACAGAUGGAUGGACGGAUGGACUGACGACAAGCCACCUUAGGAAACAAAGUGCACAAAUAAGCUACAUUUGGCUUCAGCGAUUAAGGCCCAUAUGGGUAAUACGGUCCCGAAGCUGUGCCCCCUCUGAAGGGCACUGGCUGCCCAGGAGUGGUGCUUGGGGUCUUGGGCCUAGCGCCUGGCCUUCCCUGGAUGGAAUGUGGUCCCACCUCUGCAGGGAGGGCUCCUGGGGUGGGGGCAGUGUUCGUUUGGCAGGGAGGCACAUGGGCUGCUGCCCCUAGAGUGCUUUUAUUUCAAGACAUAGUUAAUGAACAGCUGACAUGUCAGAAACACGCAGAGUAGAAACCAGCAGCGUGAGCUAUGGAGGAGGCUUCCUGGCGCUCGCCUGUACAGAGACUUUUUGUUUAGAGCCGUGAGGUUCCUGGAACAGAGACAGGCAGGCUGCAGGUGAGUGGGGCUCUGUUCUCUGCUCCCUGCCCCCCUCCCCCCUUCAGAUGGGGUGUGCUGCCUUCACUAAACUGGCUGCUCCUUGAGGGCAGGCCUGCCUUUGGCCUUUCUUGGCAUCCCCACAACCUGGCACCUAGGAGUGCUUUAGGACCUGUCUGAUGGGCAGAGUUGGUCAGUAUACAUUUAUUAAGAAUUCCUAUGUGCCAGGCUCUGGGGAUGCCAAGAAAAGCCAAAGACAGCCUCCCCCCCAUGCUCACCUGGGCUCCCCAGUGACCUCAGCUGCCCCUCUAGACUUCCCGGCCCACUUGCUAAGGAACAAUAUCCCCACAGUGGAGAGAGGGUAGACUUUGGAAGCAAGGAGGCCUCGGUUCAAAGUCUUCCUCUGAUGUGACCCUGAGCAGGCUCUUAACCUCUCUGUCGCAGGUAACUCUCCAAGAUCAUGAGAUACAGGGGAAUUCCCUUUGCCCUGUUGGAGGGCAUCCUCACACCUGAAAUCUCAGGAAGAACAAAGGCCCAGAUGUGAACCUCCACCUUUGGGCCUGAAAUUCUACUUCCUUUCAAAGCCCUGGGGCCUUCUCCCUCCCUCCCUGGCUGGGCUUAGCUAGACCAGGCCGAACUUUAAGGAGGCUUGAUCUGCAGGUGUACCCCUUCCUCCAUCCCUGGGCUUGCAUGGGGGCCCAGCUCAGCUAGCCUAGCCGACUGACUGGGGGUGGAGGAGGUUGGAGCCGUUCCAAGCUGGCUUCCUUGUUAAAUUUCCAGGUGAGCAUUUACACCUAUAGGCUAGCAAGUCCAGUCUCGUCUUGUUAUUCAGAUUUCAGUAAUAAAGUGAUGAAGAAAA